UUCAGACUCUCUCUCUGCAGUGACGGGGUUUAAAACUCAGGGCUUCCUCAGAACUUGAAGGCAACAGAAAGUCUGGAUCUUCAGCCUGCAUUGAUCAAAAAUUAAUGAUAAGUGAUCAGAAAUCAGAAACCAGCCAUGGCCAAAUGGGGAGAAGGGGAUCCUCGCUGGAUUGUUGAGGAGAGAGCCGAUGCCACCAACGUCAACAACUGGCACUGGACAGAACGGGAUGUCUCUGCCUGGUCCUCAGAGCGUCUCCGUCAGCUUCUGCUCAGCGUCCAGGUGGAGGGACCCGAGGGGGCCUGUCAGCUGACCGACGUCAACAAACUGGAAGGAGAAGCUUCCAUCAACAACCGGAAGGGGAAACUCUUCUACUUCUUUGAGUGGCAGCUAAAGGCUAGCUGGCUAGGUACUUCCUGUAGUGGAGUGAAGUACCGAGGAACUCUUGAUGUGGCCAACUUGUCUGAUGAGAACGACGAGGACGACCUGGAUAUAUCAGUGUGUCUUUGUAAAGACCAGCCCAGCACACCACUCCUGGACCUAAUGAAGAGGUCUGGGAUUAAGGCGGUCCGCAGAGUUCUGGGAGAGUACGUCCGUGAGCUUAAAUCAGAUUUUAGUCAGGGGAUGAUCCUUCCCACCACUGAUGGACAGAAGCUUCCUGCACCUGAGCUGACCACGAAGAACCAGGUCAAAACCAGCAAAACCCAGAUUAGCACUAAUGUGAAGUGCUCGUCUGGCCCGGCUGCCUGUCCCUCGGGCGGUUGUAUCAAAACCUGCAGCUUUAGCUUGAAGGAAACGUUCCAAACAUCUGCUGAUGAGCUCUACAGAACCUUCAUCAACCAGGAGUUUGUGCAGGUGUUCACUCGCUCAGCAGCAACAGUGGACGGCCAGAGAGGGGGGAGGUUCCAGCUCCUGGACGGCAGCGUCAGCGGGGACUUCACAGAGCUGGUUCCAGACCAGAGGAUUGAGAUGAGGUGGCGCUUCAGGACGUGGCCCAGCGAGCACUACGCCACCAUCCGUCUGGAGCUGGAGGAUCAUGGAGAUGAGACCGAGCUGAAGAUGGAGUGUCGAGGAGCUCCUGCUGGUGAGGUGGAGACCACCAGGGAGGGCUGGAACCGGUUUUACUUCCAGGCCAUCAAGCAGACGUUUGGAUACUGAUGGAGAGCCGGACCUCCAGUACCUGGUUCAGGAUGAGACUUUAAA